AUGCUUCCAAAGAAAUACAACAUCGUCUGGGAUGCGUUCGGAAGUGGUGUCAUCAACAAAGGUCGCGACGGUGUGGUGCUGUCCGGGCCACCUGGUAUGGUGGUGAAAGUGCCACGCCGCUACAAGGAUGACACGUCGGUCACGGGUUACCGCGACUCGGAAUACGUGCGUUAUUUUGAGCAAGAGAGGGCCAUGAUCGCACUGAUCCAGGAGCAAACGAGACAACCACACCCCAACAUCAUCCAGAUUGUACUGUCGACCAGCGACGGCUUCUUCCUCCCUCUGAUGAAAGAAACCCUCAAGGACGUGCUGAACCGCAAAGAAAGCGUUCCCGACAACGAUUCCAGCCGCUGGCUGGUCCAGAUUGCAUCGGCCUGCGCGUGGCUCGAAGUCAUGGACUAUUUCCACGGCGACCUACGGCCACCAAACAUCUUGCUGGAUGCCGACGGCCAUGUCAAGUUGUGCGAUUUUGGCAACAUGGAGAAGCGCGGCGCCAAAAACUACGGGGCAACAGCCCCAUACUACAAGGACUCGGAGGUGGGCCCGGCCGGCGAGCAGUUUGCAAUUGGAUCGCUCAUGUACGCGCUCUUCUCGGGGCACGAAUUGCUGCACGACGUGGAGGACUACGAAACGAAGCACCGUAUGCUGAGAAAAGGAGAGGUCCCGCCAGUCGACGACCUCCGUGCCGGACAUGUGAUUCGAGAUUGCUGGGAGGCCCGCUACGACACGCUGGAGCAAGUGCACCGCACGCUUCUCGUUGAGUUGGGCCUGGGGUUGGACUAUGUGAAUCCCGCCGUCUGUCUCACCCCAGAAGAGUGUGCUACCAAGGCAAGCGAGUGCGAAACAUGGGGGCUGAAGCAGCGUGCAUGGCAGGAGGACUGCAGAAUGCGGCGUUUGAAAAACGAUACGCAAGUCACAAACAAUGAUUGA